GAACUGCAGGAAGAACACACCUGCAUCAGGCAUCAUUAAAUAAAGACACUAACACUUAAGUGGAAGCCCCUGUCUAAUAGCUAAAGAAAAAUACAAUCCGUUCAACCAAAGGAAAGGAUUCUGUUUUUCCUUCCAGUUAAUUCUAGAUGUCUAGAUGAAAUCCAGCUGCAGAUUUUGAGCAGGCUAAUCGUUUACUUUUCAGUGUGGAAAUACCAGACUUCUUAUUGCAGUAAUGGCGCACCAACCAGGGAGUCCAGUGGUUGGGAAAACAGAGGAGCAAUCAGGAAGUCUACUCCUCACCUACUUCCAGGGAGAUAUUAAUAGCAUGGUGGAUGCACAUUUCUCACGUGCCUUAGAAAAUAUCAACAAACCAAAGAGAGACAUCACUAAAAACAAGAAACCCCGCAAAUCGGUCAAAUCUGAACAGCCAAGUACAUGUAACUGGGACAUGUCAUCGCAUAUGUGCUUUGAACCCACAGCUUCUUCAGGACAAAUUGAGCUUGGCAGCCAUGAAGAGCUGCUGACAAACCCCCGUCUGCCACUUAACACUCCUGAUAGCUCCAGCGCUUGGCACGGUGGUCCACGGCAGGGCACAAGUCUGGUGUUGCCUCCCAUGGUGUAUCCCUCUGCUGUGUCUGCUGAGGGUUUGAUGGUGGCAGAUCAUCAGUAUAAUUCCCUAUUAAACCUGCUUCACAGUGACCGGCCAGAACUGGGCUCCGUUAUGGUAUCCUCCUCCAAACAGGAGCUCAUACCAGGCUGGACCCGGCACCCAGGAUUUGGAGAUCAGAUGACUCCAGAUCACAGCCUUGACUCUGGUGUACCAAUGAUGGAGAAGAAGGAUUUAUAUUGGUAUUAGAGAAGUACUGUUGCAGUUUCAGACAUCUUUACCUAUGAGACAAAAACCUGAUUCUCAAGAACACGGAAGUCUUAUCUCUGUUUCACUUGUUCAGAGCUGUGAAAUGUUUUACUCAGAAGCCACUGUACCUGACUACAUGCAGACAAACCUGUUCAAGAACCAGCUCAUCACGUAGCCCAGCACAGUGAGUUUGAAAAGAACUUCCCUUAAGCUACCUGGGGGUUGGUGGUUCCUCUGCUUGUAGACAGAGCAUUUCAAGUGACUUUCAGACAGUUUGUGAAAGCCAGGUCAUACCCAGAUAUUUAUUUGAAUAGCCUUUCGAUUACUUAUUCUUGGCAAGCGUAAUAUCAACAUAUGGACACAGAUCAUGUUAAUCCAUGUGUUAAUAAACAAAUAAACAUGUCUAGAAUGAAAGACACCAAAAUUAAUUUAGAAAUAAAUAAUGACCAUAUGGGAAAUUGAUGUCUGUUAUAAACAACAACAACAAACAAACAAAUAAAAAAGUACAUUUUUUAUUCACAUUCUGGAUGUAUGUUUAUAGUUGUCCCCUUAAUUAACCAACUCUUUUAAUGUGAUGUAAAUCAUAUUGACAUAGUGGAAAAGAUGAAAGAAAAUUGAACAAGUUUCGUUCUGCAAAGGGGAAUCCCGAGAUAUUCGUCUGAAAGGAUUCAUUUCACUUGUGUGAGCUGCCUGAACUUCUUUUUGCUUCUUUGUGAGCCUAGGUGAAAAUGAACUGUAAAAAGUAUACAUAUAUGAAUUUAGUUGGAGCCCAACUGCUGUAUAAUGUGUAAAAUAAUAGUAUGUGGAAUAAAAUAUAUAUAUGGUUUAGGGCUAAAAGUGUAUAGAGUAUAAGUAUAUGGUUUCUGUCAAAAUUACAGUUAACAAGUACAAUGUUUGCUGAGAAUUUUUUGUGAUCCACUGUAAAUUUUGCAAAUAAACACAACAAUGUAUUGAC